AUUUUAGGAAAAAUAUUUUUUUGGAAAUCAAACUGUGAUUUGCAACGAAAAUUACACGGCGCCAGACCAGUCAAAUGGGACCACAUCCUGGCUAUUCCAGUGUCCAUCCAAUCAGUGCCAGACACCAGAGGGCGGUGCUAUCUACGGCUCCUGCUGCGUGAAAGGUCACUGUAGAUGCUACGGGGAAGGGUACAAUUCCUACACAUGUUUACCUGAGAUCCCAGGUUGUCAUGUCUUGCCUCAUCAGUCUAGAGUAGCAGCGCCCCCUACAACAACCUUCAAAACCAGUCAGUCUGUAUACAGCUGUCUGAACCUCCAGCCCAGCAGUCCACGCGAGGUGCACAUCCUAGCGGCGUACACGAGCAAUAGUCUACUGCAUCAGAUGCAGAACAGUGUGGAGAUGAGGGGAAUUACGGUGAACAUCACCAGAGAGGGGAAUUCUAGCAAGCAGGUGGUUCUGGCGCUGAGCUCAUUUGAGGCUGUGCAAUGGACUGUUGAUGUUCCUGCGGGAGUUAACGUGUCUGAAAUUUUAUUGUUCUCUCCAAACAUAUACUCAACUGUGGUACCGGCUCGUCAUGGCUCAGCAGACAGCCCCAAGCUCCCUCUAGUGGCUAUAUUUCGCCAGCCAUAUGGAUAUGGUAUAGACAGUGAGGGAUACGGGUCCACGCCAGCAUUGUUAGAGUCUGUAGAGGAAGAGACGCAGACAAAGAUCACGUCCUUCACAGGGAGCUCAGUGGUAGAUAGAUUUGAGCUGACAGUGGGGCUCAUGUGAGAUGACUUCUGUUAGAUGACUUAUGUUAGAUGACUUUUGUUAGAUGACUUGUGUAAGUCUGGCAAAUGAAAUAGUAUGACAGUGGCAUUUUCUUAAUUUUUUAAUGAACCCCUACUUAUGAUAUAAGGUGGUAGGUUAGUUUGCAGUCUGUCACAAAUACUGGAGUUAAAACUAACACACAAUAAGUCGAUCUUAUUUUUGACCAUGUUAAGGUUGCAUAAAUCAAAAGCUUGAAAACGAGAUAUUAAUUCCAUAUGUUUAUUUAUUUAUUUAUUUAUUUAUUUCGUAGUUAAGUGAUAACUUAUAUCAGGUGCUUCAAAAAGACCAGUUUCAUGUAUUUAUUUACUUAUUUAUUUUCCAGUACCACUACAUAUCUCUACCAUUUUCUUUUAUCAUUUAUUUUAGCAUUAGAUUAUUCUGUGUUAUCAUAUCAAAUAAACUGUUUUAGCAGAAAGAGUAGCAGUAGUCCACAGACCUCAGUUUACAUAUUAUCUGUUUACAAUAUUCUAUAGUUUAUGACUUGAGAUUAUAGUUAAGGGUAAGGUUAUAGU